GGAACACAUUUUUACAUGACAAAUCGAAUUGGCUUGAUCAUACCGUAAAGUCAUGAAAGGUGUCUUUGUUAUAACUUUGCUCUUUGCUUACGCUUUGGGUGCACCUCAUUGGGAAUCAGACUUAUCGUGGGCUAAAGAUCUAAAAAAUGCAAAGAAACGGAAUUACGAAGAAAUAGGAGAGAAUCUUAAUGACGAAUUUCAAAAGAAGUUGGAAGAUUUAAAGAACCGUUUUUCUAAGGAUGAUACGGAUUCAAAGGACGAUCAAGAUCUUAAUAAGGAAUAUUCGGUAUUAGAUCAUCUGCCGGGUGAAAUAUCGAAUCGAUUGAAACAUAUAGAAAACGUUUACAAGUAUGAAAAACAACAAUCUAAAAAGGAGGAUGAUGAUUCUUCGAAUUCAUCAAAUUCUUCGGAUUCAUCAGAUUCUUCGGAUUCAUCAGAUUCUUCGGAUUCGUCAAAUUCAUCGAGGGCUUCUAGCUCUUCCAAUUCUUUCAGUUCAAAUUCUUCUCAAUUGAAAUCGAAGGAAAAGAACAAAAACAAGUCUAAGGAAGAUAAACAUUCGAAAAAAUCAAAGAUCAAUAAAUCUAAUGAAGAUCAAGACAAGAAAGAGAAUAAGAAGAGAAAGAAAGAGAACAAGAACAGAGAAAGAGAAGAGAACAAGCAUACUAAAUAUGGUAAUUCUAAAUCCAGUGGUGAAGCGAAAUUAAAUGGAUCAUUGAAUGAAAUACAAAAUUGGAAUCAUGUAAUGUCUGAAAAAUUGUCCGAUGACCUAUUCAUUGAACGAAAUUUAGAAGUAUUGAAGCAACUUUUAUCAUCAUUGAAAGAGAAAUUAAAUCAGAAGGAAACUAACAAGGAGCAGGAUAAAACAUCCUCAUCUAAGAGUGAAGAGAACAGUAUAAAUUGUGAUAAAAAUCUUAAUAAUACUGAGGAUGCAUCAACUAAAAAUAGAUGGAAUGAAGUAAAGUCAACGAAUAUCAAAACUUUAAUAGAAAAAAAAUUGUGCAAUCGUAUGGAGUUUUUAAGAUGUACGAAUACUCGGAAGAUGUUAAUUGUUCAAACAUUAAAAAGGCUUCAAGAUCGUAUUGAGCAUAAAUAUGGCAAUACCAUGCUGAAAGACUUGCCAACUAAUAUAAGGAUUGCAAUAAAUGCUAUUUAUGACAUAAUAACUACCAGAUUACAGUCUUAUCGUUCAAAUUCAUUCUUAAACUUGAAUUCAUAUACUGGAGGAGUUCCAGAAGUCACAGGUAACGUGCAGGGUUUACCGUUUUAUUCUAAUGGUCAUCUAAAAGGUCUGGAAACAGCGGCUAAUGGUAAAGAAAAUCCUAAAACAAUACCAUGGUAUAACCCGUUUUAUGGAAUAGGUCCAGUUAUUCAGGGUUUACCGUUUUACCCUAAUAGCAGUCUAAAAGGUCUGGAAAGAGCAUCUAAUGAUACUAAUAAUUCUAAAAGAAUAUCAUGGUAUAAUCCGUUUUAUGGGAUAGGUCCAGCUAUAAUUCAAAACUCAACGCACGCUACAUCAAACAAAUCAGACUGGCCAGUAGCAUUUGAGAAAACAGAUUUAUCAGUUGUAUCAGGUAAACCACAAUUACAAAUAUCAUCUGAUAAAUCAGACUUGCCAAUUAAUUCAGAGAGACGAGACUGGACAAUAAUCUCAGACAAACCAGAUUCGCCAGUUACAUCAGAUAAACCACAAUUACCAAUAUCAUCUGAAAAACUAAAUUUAACAAUUACUCCAAAGAAACCAGACUGGCCAGUAGCAUCAGAGAAACCAGAUUUGCCUCUGUCAUCACUCAAACCAGAUUUGCCAAAUGUAUCAAACAAACCAAACUGGCCACUUACUUCAGAUAAAACACAAUUAUUAAUAUCAACGAAUAAACAAAAUUUGCCAAUUACUUCAGAGAAACCAGAUGUACCUGUGUCAUCACUUAAACCAAAUUUGCCAAAUGUAUCAAAUAAACCAGACUUGCCAAUUACUUCAGAGAAACCAGAUUGGUCAGUAGCGUCAGACAAACCAGAUUUACCUGUGUCAUCACUUAAACCAGAUUUGCCAACUGUAUCAAACAAACCAAACGGGCCAGUUACAUCAGAUAAACCACAAUCACCGAUAUCAUCAGAUAAACCAGACUUGCCAAUUACUUCAGAGAAACCGGAUUGGUCAGUAGCGUCAGACAAACCAGAUUUACCUGUGUCAUCACUCAAACCAGAUUUGCCAACUGUAUCAAACAAACCAAACUGGCCAGUUACAUCAGAUAAAUCACAAUCACCAAUAUCAUCAGAUAAACCAGACUUGCCAAUUACUUCAGAGAAACCAGAAUGGACAGCAGCCUCAGACAAACCAGAUUUGCCUGUGUCAUCACUCAAACCAGAUUUGCCAACUGCAUCAAACAAACCAAACUGGUCAGUUACAUCAGAUAAACCACAAUCACCAAUAUCAUCAGAUAAACCAAACUUGCCAAUUACUUCAGAGAAGCCAGAUUGGACAGCAGCCUCAGACAAACCAGAUUUACUCGUGUCAUCACUCAAACCAGAUUUGCCAACUGUAUCAAACAAACCAAACUGGUCAGUUACAUCAGAUAAACCACAAUCACCAAUAUCAUCAGAUAAACCAGAUUUACUAAUUACUUCAGAGAAACCAGAUUUACUUGUUUCAUCACUCAAACCAGAUUUGUCAGUAGUAUCAAACAAACCACAGGUGUCAAAUACAUCAGAUGAGCCACAAUUACCAACAUCGUCUGAUAAACCAGACUUGUCAAUUACUUCAGAGAGACCAGAUUGGACAGCAGCCUCAGACAAACCAAAUUUACCUGUGUCAUCACUCAAACCAGAUUUGCCAACUGUAUCAAACAAACCAAACUGGCCAGUUACAUCGGAUAAACCACAAUCACCAAUAUCAUCAGAUAAACCAGACUUGCCAAUUACUUCAGAAAAGCCAGAUUGGACAGCAGCCUCAGACAAACCAGAUUUACUUGUGUCAUCACUUAAAUCAGAUUUGCCAACUGUAUCAAACAAACCAAACGGGCCAGUUACAUCAGAUAAAACACAAUUACCAAUAUCAUCUGAUAAACCAGACUUAACAAUUACUUCAGAGAAACCAGAUUUACCUGUGUCAUCACUUAAACCAGAUUUGCCACAUGUUUCAAGUAAACCAGACUGGUCAAUUAUUUCAGACAAACCACAAUUACCAAUAUCGUCUGAUAAACCAGACUUGUCAAUUACUUCAGAGAGACCAGAUUGGACAGCAGCCUCAGACAAACCAGAUUUGCCUGUUUCAUCACUCAAACCAGAUUUGCCAACUGUAUCAAACAAACCAGACUGGCCAGUAGCAUCAGAUAAACCACAAUUACCGAUAUCAUCAGAUAAACCAGACUUGCCAAUUACUUCAGAGAAACCAGAUUGGACAGCAGCCUCAGACAAUCCAGAUUUACCUGUUUCAUCACUCAAACCAGAUUUGCCAACUUUAUCAAACAAACCAGACUGGCCAGUAACAUCAGAUAAAUCACAAUUACUGAUAUCAUCAGAUAAACCAGAUUUCCUAAUCACUUCAGAGAAACCAGAUUUAUCCGUUUCAUCACUCAAACCAGAUUUGUCGGUUGUAUCAAACAAACCACAGGUGCCAAUUACAUCAGAUAAACCACAAUUACCAGUAUCGUCUGAUAAACCAGACUUGUCAAUUACUUCAGAGAGACCAGAUUGGAGAGCAGCCUCAGACAAACCAGAUUUGUCGGGGUCAUCACUCAAACCAGAUGUACCAGUUGUAUCAAACAAACCAGACUGGCCAGUGGUAUCAAAUAAACCAGAUUUGCUCGUUAUAUCACUCAAACCAAAUUUGCCAAUUACAUCAGAUAAUCCACAGUUACCAAUAUCAUCAGAUAAAUCAGAUUUGUCAACUGCAUCAAGUAAACCAGACCAAUCAAAUACAAACAAUAAUAAUAGCAUUUAUACGAAUGGUGAAAAUGAUGGUUUAAAUAUUGAAUCGACUUCUAUCGUAUCUGAGAGGAAAGAAAAUAUAGAUGAUGCGGUAUUAGGAUAUGCGAAGUUAUCACAAACAUCGGGUGUAUUACAAGGAUCAUCUGAUUUACAAUUAUUCGACAUUACAACUCCUGGUCAAAUUCUCUUAAAAGAUUUGACAACAGAAUCUUUAAAUUCCAAUUCAACUUUGCCAAACACGAAACAAAAUGAGGAGGAAGUAUCUGUAACUUCAUCUUCUACUUUAUCAAUCCAAAAUGAUGAAACGGCAUUAAGCAGCACUAAUGAUCAUUCAAAUUUAAGUAACAACAAGACUACUGUUACAUCACCACAAUCUUCUCUACUGAACGAUGAGAUUGGUCUUUUAACUGUUAUUCCAUGUUCCAAUAGUUAUUCAUCGACUUCAAGUGCAACAAAAUGGGAUUCACAAUCAGAUUCAACAUUAAUAGAAGUAUCUAGCAGUAAUGCAGCAGUACCUAGUACUACUCAAAAAAUUUAUCAUCCACGGUGGAAGUAUUUAAUUCCAGUUUCUAUAACUGAAAAAUCAUCCGUAGAAACAAGCGAAUCCGUGUCUUCGUCAACUGCCGAUUCACUAUAUACGACUGUUAAUUUAGAUAAUCCUAACAACGGGAAUGAGAAUUCAGAAGUUGACAGAAAUAUGAGUAAAACAGUGAAGAAAGAACUUUCGACAUUUAACCAAUCAUCUGAUUCUCAUUUGAACAACACCAAUUCGAACUCUAUUGAUAGUGAAAAUUCUAUAGUUCCAUUACUACCCUUCACUAUAGUAGACGAAAUAAUUCCAAAUGUUAAUAUUUCCGGAGGUACUGUUGAAAAUUAUAUAAUAAAAUUUGGCGAUCAAUCUCGAAAUGGUUCUAGUAACGCGGUAAACGUUAGUAAAGAAUCUUCCCAUUCUAAAGGGAAUUCUGAAAAUAUCAUUGAAUGGCAUGAAGCUGAGUCUACAUCUGAUCUCAAACCAAUCGAUACUGACUCUACAGUUGUCCUGCAAGAUGCUGAUGCAGAAAUAACAACGAUAUGUGUUGACACAAACACUGCUCUUGAUUCGAACAAUAACGAGGAUAUUAUCACUACUCGAGUAAUAUUACCUACAACGAAACAGAAAACUCUCAAAACACUCCACGAUGAAGAAGAACAAGCGGGUGAUCCGAUAAUUGUAACUGAGGAAGAUAAUUUUGGUGGCGUUGUUGAAAAACGUACUCUUAAUUCUGGAGUUGAAGCAGAAAAUACAAAUGUAAGUACAGACGAAGGUACAAUAGAUGAAAGUCAGAUUACAAGUACUGUAUCCAACAUAGAAGCUGCAAACGUAUCAGAAAAUUCGGAUAUAAAUCAAUCGUCUUCAUCUACCUCAAUUAUUAGGUAUACGAACAACGGGACAAUUACUAAAACAAUUGAUAUGAACGAUACCAAUCAAUUACUGGAGCUCCUUCAGGAUAUAUAUCGCCAUUUGCAAUCAUCUUAAAAAUAUGAUUUUUUAAUGAUUUAUUGUCGUUUUCUUACAAGGAUCGACAUAUUUAUAAAUCAUGUAUCAAUAGUAUGAAUUUUAUAAGCGUCAUCGACAUAUAAAAAUAAUAUAAUCUUAGCGUGUAUUUCAUAUAUAGUUACGUAUAGAAGAGAUAUACUUUAUAUAUUAGAAAAAUAAUUAGAAUUAACAUAUGUACAAUAUCAAUAUAUAAUAUAUCUCAUUUUUUAAUUAAAAAAUAUAUUUAUAUUAACAGUGUAUUUAUCAAACCAUCAUUUUCUCUUGUAAUCACUUGAGAUAUUUAUCAUGUUUGUAUUUGUUAUCUGUCCAUUAGAUUAUUCCACGAUAUAUUGACGUACGUUACACAAAAUAGCACGCCUUACAAAGACUAAGGCCUUUCUUUAAUUUUAUGAACAGUUACGUAGAUAUCUUCGUUUACAGUAUUAUAAAAACGAAUUAUUAUAUAUAUAAAAUUAAUAGUAUAGAUUUAUGAGAGAAUAUAAAAUUCAUAAUUUAAACAUUGUAAAAGGAAAAUUAUAGUUUGAUAGAUGAAACUUUAAAGAUUUAUUGAAAAAAUUCAAGUGGUCUUUUGUUCAAAUUGCUAUACUUCGUAAAAUAACGCAGAAAUUUGUGGAGAGAGAAAUUUGUGCGCAAGAGUGUUGAAAGGUCAUAAAUUUCGACUAACUUUAAGUGGGGCGAUUUACAGUGAAGUUAACGGUCGAAGCAUUAAGUUUCUUCACUUGGCGCAAGGAAGUCAGCGGUGUCAAGUGGUUUCUGUUCUCAUUUGAUAAAUAUACAGAAUAUUGAUAAGCUGCAAAUCAGUAACAAUCACCAAGACGUUUCAUCGUCUCUUUACAGUGUUUUCUAUUUCAUAAA